GUAGGGUUGGCGAGCAUGGUCGGGUGUACACACACACACACAGGUUCAAGCAGGACUGGUUAUGGCCUCCUGGUGUCUCGUGCCUCAGCGCCUCCGUGUCAAGUCAGCAACCAGUUGUCUCGUGUGGCUUCUAGUCGCGACGCGCUCUCUCAGCUGCCGCAACAUGUAACGACGGCCAUACAGCUCGAGGGUGGAGAGCAGGAGAGGGAGUGGAAAAUGGCCCCCGACCUGUCAGAGGCAGCACGAUCCCUGGCUGUACUCCCUCUGCAGAGCUGCGGAGAGGUCGCCAGUAGUAGCCCCCCAUCCAGUCCCUCGACUCUGUGCAUAAGCAGUGGUAUUAGCGGUGGGGGGUUACAGAGCCAGGAGAACCACUUGUCACCCAGACCUGUAGCCGAGAACAUUGCCAGCAGGAAUGGCGCUGAUCGCCAGUUUCAUCAACCUCCCAAUCAGGUGGUGGGGUCUGAGGCAGGAAGAGGCGGCAGUGGUUGUAAUGAAAAUGGAGCAGAAACGCAAAAUUCCACUUUCAUUAAUAUGUACUACCUUAGUCCUGCUCUUAGAGCCACUUUUGCCUCGGUGGGAGCCACCGCUAAACCCUACAAUUUCAAAGAGAUUUUGCUGCUCUUAAAGAAUUACCUUUAUAGCAAAAAGCAUCUCUUUGACCCUCUAGAUAUUCUUUUUGUCAACUGUAAAAAUGAUCCCUUGGGAGAUGUUCUACGAGUUGAUCGCUUCCACUACAAUGAUGUCAGAUCCUUGAUUAUCAAGAACAUCAUCAGGGCACAACCAGUCUCUCUUCAUAAUGUGGCGAGAGAAAGUGUGUCGGUGCCUAUCAGGGCGAAUGCAACAUGUUCACUGGUCACGGAAAAUGGUUCCUCAAGUGAACAAGUGAAGGAAUGUGCAGCCGAGAGGAAUGCGAUCGGUGCACGUGUAAAUAAUGCUCCAAGUCAAAUUAAUGGCAGAACAGAGGUGUUAGUGCCUACAAGUACUACAACCUCAGAACAUAUAAAUAGUAUAGUAACCUCUGAUUGUUCAAGGAAACUUGAAUCUGACCACCAAGAUACCAUUAUCCAUCUUCCUGGACCCUCUAGACAGGGCAAAGAUGGACCUGUGUGUCGAGGACUCUGCUUUCCUGAUGUUCCAGACAGCAAUUCAGAUGUGGAAUCUGUCUAUAGCCAUCAAGGAUAUGAAACUGCACUGUGUCGUAACACCGAGUUUGAGGAAAGUGAUGUAGACGAGAUAGAGACCGGAUCUUUUGAAGAAUAUGAAAUAGCUUCAGAUGAUGCCAGGGAAGAAGAACAUUCUGAUGAUGACGAUUCUAUGGUUGAGGAUGUUGAUGUAGCAGUGUAUGCGCUUCAUGUUUCGGCGCAGGAUGAGUCUGAGGAAGACUUUUGGGCAGACGAUUCUGACACGGAUGAUCAGUGUUUAGAUAAUGAUCCAGAGUUGGCAGCUGAACGUUGGGAUUGUCUUACUUGUGGAAUAAAGAACAGACCUUUUAUGCGUUACUGCGACAAAUGCUGGCAGUUAAGAAAGAAUUGGUUGCCAGACCGUCCAAAGAAGCGAAGGAGGAAGCCCAGACCGAAGAAGAAACAUUCCAGGCAUAGAACAGAGUCUAUUCAAUCGGAUGAUCAGCAUGCAAAUCCUGAAGAAAACAGUUUGGUUAUAUCAAACUUAAAUAUUAAUAGCGAGAGUAGCCAAGAACUUGAAGAAUUACCAAGGACAUCCUCAACUGCCUCAACUGUAUCGCUUAAAUGUGACUCACCGCCUAGAAAUUUCUCUCAUGGUCACUUUAGUUCUCAAGACUCUGGAAUUUCAUUGUCGCAGGAUAUGUUAAUAGGUUUUGCAGGAGGGUCAAGUUUGGAUGACAGCACACCUAAAACAGUUGAUUUUCAGAUUCCCAAAACUAAUUUCUCAAGCGAAAAAGAUCUCUCGGGCCAAGGGGCUUCUUCCAAGAAUUCAACAACCGAAGAAACUCCAGCUGCAAACACAUCAGGUUGUAGGAAACGGAAAUUAUCUAGUUCUGAGAAUGUCAAACUACACAAAAAAUCUAAACCCUUGGAGGUGUGUGAUUCAAGUGAGGAGAGUGACAGUAUUGUAACUAUUGAAAUGGAAGCUAAAGCCACAGCUCUUUCUUUGUUUCUGGACUCUGCCGCUGGCCGAGAAUGGCUUAGAUCUGCACCUGGAAGGCAGUUUCAAUCCUCUUUGAGUACUCAGGGGGUUAUUAUUGAAGCAAUAAGUGCAAAUGUGAAUAUAGAAUCCUCAGAAAUUGAUGAAUUAGAGUUAGCAUCUGGCGUUUCUAAUCUAUGUUUAAUAUGUUGCCUUCGGCCUAAGAAUGGAUCGAUAAUACACGGUCGACUAUCCCAUCAGGCAACAUGUUACCAAUGCGCCCGACGUCUGCUUAACAGUGGCUCUAGGUGUCCCGUGUGUCGAAGAAAGAUUCACAUGGUCUGCAAACACAUUAUAGUGUGAACUUGUCAAAUUAUUGCUUGUUUAGCCAUAUCGAAUGUUCUGGAUAUCAUAGUCUGUUCUGUUAACAUGAAUAUAAGCACAGUAAUGGUUAUUUAUAUCAAGUAAUUUUUCUCAUUUAUAUAUAUAUAUAUAUAUAUAUAUAUAUAUAUAUAUAUAUAUAUAUAUAUAUAUAUAUAUAUAUAUAUAUAUAUAUAUAUAUAUAUAUAUAUAUAUAUAUAUAAUGAAAAAUAUUUCAAUCAAAAGUAUUUUUGUGUGUAAUUUUUGUUGUUUCUACCAUAUUUAAUUUCUUUGAAGAGAAAAGUAAUCUUUCCAAUCGUAUUGGUUAUUUGCAUAAUGGAGCUCAGUCAUCUCUAAGAUGAUGAUUUUUUUUUUUGUUUAUAGGAAAUUAACACUUCAUUCUUGUAACUUUGUCAUCAAACACACAUGUAGUUGCAUACAGUAUUUGCCAAACAGAAAAUUAACAGAGUUAACUGUGACUAGGAUGAUGGUUUGUGACGUAGACGAAUACGGCUUUUCGCUGCAUUGUGCGGUAAUGUGUGAUGUUAUUUUAUAAUUUGUUGUUUUAAGCAAAUGAAGUAUAAGACUAAAUUAGGAAUUUUGUUUAGCUACUUUCAGGUUUUUAUGAAAACUUUAUUGACUCCUGUUAUCUGGCAUAAGACAAAGAGCACAUACAUGCAUAUGCGUAAAGGCUCGUGGCCCAAGGUGCUACAGAAGGUUCUACACAUCAUAGACGGUAACAUGCAAGUUAGUACUCUUAAUAUUGAAGUCCCUAUAAGUAGAGUUUUGCAUGGCUAUGAUGGCCCACAAAAAUUAAUUGGCAUUGGCAGUGUAAUAUCACUCUUUUCGAGAGUAUCCUGAAUGCCUUUUUUUCUCUUUCUCUCAUGAUGAUGAGGGAAUCAAUAGGUGUUCAAUAGCAGACAUAUGAGAUCUAUCCAGGUAUACUAAAUUUACCUUGAAUUUCAGAACAUAUAAUUCCCAUUUGUUUGGAACAGGCUUCCUGUCCGGUCCCCGACUUAGGCUCAUCAAGGUCUGCCUAGGCCAACGACUGACCACCACUGGAAUCCUUAUGCCGGUAGUUGUUUAACUUCUGCGUACCUAUUUACUGCUAGGUAAACAGAGGCAUCAGGUGAAUCAAAAUGUGCUCAGGGAUCGAACCCAUGAGCCGCGAUUAAGAGUUGAGAAUGGAGAUCACUGUGUUACAGGAGCCAUAUUAAAGCUUAUUUGCAGGUAAGGCUUUACGAACAUGCCUGGUUUAGGUUGCACUUUUUACAAUCUGAUAUUUAUAUGAGCGAUUGUAAAUUAUAUUAUCAGCCAAAGUAUGACUUGACACAUGAUGCAUGGACAAAAAUAUUAGUUUUUAGUUAUUGUAAUUCCUGCUGUGAUACCAUCCAUUCUUUAGGGUUAGAGAAUCAGUACUAGAAUGUAGCAUAAAUUCUUAAUUUUUCUUUGAAGAUAGGCUGCAAUUUAGCGAGGCAAUUUUAAAUGCUAAAAUAUUUUGAAAUGGAUAGGCUUAAACCAAAUAUUUUGAAAAAACUAGAGGAAAUCUAGUUUGUAGAAUGAUGUGUGUAAUUGGUCAUCUUCGUAUCUUUCAAUUUGAUUGGGUCUUUAAGCUUUACUUUUCAUAGGAAUUGAGUAAUUAUCUCUAAUGUGAUAAAUGUUUACAUUCAAGAAAUAUAAAAGUACACUGUAUAUUAUAUUGUCGUAAACCAAAGACUUCAGAAAUUAUAUUUAAUGCACUCGCGAACAUACAACUUGCGCAAAUUGCAAACUUUCUUACAAGCUUGCGCACACACACGCACCGUAACGUCAUACUGUUAUUUGACAGAGAACUGGGAAGACUGUACACCACGAGCGUAGCUCUCGUCUUGUAACUAUUUAUGUAAUUACACACCACACACACACAUACACUUGCGAGACCUAGUGAGUACUCACUAGGUGAGCAUGCGCGCGUACACACACACACACUCCCACAAGAUGCACUUCAAUACAUACAACAAACGUGAGCAUAAUUGGGAACAAAAAUAUAUUGGCCGUGGGUUUCUUUCGUCUCUGGUGAUCCUUCUGCAGCCUUGCUGUGAGUGUAGCCAACAAACUGACGCGUGAAGAUUCAUUGCUGGACCAUACAUGUCGGGUUCUCUUCCUCUCUCCAGGGGUGCAGUGUUGUAGUAGAAUUUUUGUUUUUCAUCUGGGACACUUGUGAGAAUUUGCUGCAUUAUGAUUGCCAUUUAAAAUGACAAAUUACCAAUUCUUAAACGCUAUUGAUGGUCUUGUAAAACUGGCUAGGUAUUUCAGUAUACAGUAUUGUCCCUUGCCCACAAACUGAAUGAUUUUCAAAGUUGUACACCACAUAAGUAAAUGGACAAAGUGGGUUGCGUUUAUAAUCUCGUAUCUUUAGUUAUCUAGAAAACAUAGUUUUCUACGAGUCUGAAAGGAUUCAUUUAGUCAUCACGUUGAUGCAUUUCUGAUGUAUACAUCGGGAGUUGAAAGCUUCUGUGCUUGUAUAAUAUAUUGGAUAACUUAUUUUAUUUUAUAUUUUUUUAGUACUUUAAACUUUCAAUACUUUACAUGAAAACAUGACUAAAUGCCAUAAAAAGGGGGCAAGUAUACUAAUCUCAUAAUCAUCUAGGGGUUUCAGUUUUGUGUUGAUUAUGUACUGGAAGCACUGCACGUGGGUAUUAAUUGUUUAUGUUGACCCUGUCAAUAAGAUCGGAUUCUGUUAAACAAGGUCUUGCUUGCAUGUUUACAUGUAAUUAAAUAUAAGGAAUGAGGACUUGCUCUUCACUAAAAUUGGUGUUGAUGUUAGAAUGAUCAACAUAACCGAGAUUCACGUUACAUAGAUAAUGACGUUCUGGAUGAGCGACGGUGAGAAUUACUAGAAAUUGGCGUCGAUUCUAAUUUGGAAGAUUGCAGUAGUUCUUAUUGGAAUGCAUUUGUGAAACGAGUCUAGAAGUGCAAAAUGUAUUGUUCGUAAAACAUUGGAACUCCUGAGCCAUGGAGAAGAGUUGCCAUGGUAGAGCUGUGGAAGAGUAGUGAACUGAAACAAAUUUGGUCAUCAGUGUUCCAUUGAAAUCUUGGAAAGAAUGUUUUAGUGGAAGCCAUUGUGGGGUUAAUUCUUUCCAUUUACUUUUUUUCUUUUAUGAUUGAAUAUGACCAAUACUAUACUUGUCGGGCACCCGGGCCGUACGUUACUCGAUACAAUUGUCUGCAAAUCAGACUCUUUGUGCGUUGCUCUUGCGUCUAGUGCUUUGGUACUGACACCCUUGAGGUUAUCUAGAGAUGAUUUCAGGACUUAACGUCUCUGCGGCUUGGUCCUCGACCAAGCUUCCUUUUUUGUUACACAUCCCCAGGAAGCAGCCCAUAGCAGCUGUCUAACUCCCAGGUACCUAUUUACUGUUAGGUGAACAGAGCAAUCAGGGUGGAAGAAACUGCCUAUUUGUUUCCGCCUCCACCGGGGCUCGAACCUGGACCCUUAGAACUACAAAUACCAAGCGCUGUCCACUCAGCCGUCAGGCCACUGAAGCUUUUGAAUAGGUAGUACAGUACUGUUACACAUGCGGUGUUGUAUAGCCUUCUGGGCUUUGCAUUUUCUUUUGAUGAUUCUUGCCACAGGCUCGUGCACCUGCGGUAAUAAAUAUACAUCUUUUGUCAUAUUUGCAUAUUUAAAAACAUUUUGUUUUGGACCUACAAGCAAUGAAUGUAAUUAGUGUGCCGUUUCCAUUUUAUAUGCUGGUUUUGUGUAUGGAACAAUUUAAUGCAAGUCUAUAUAAAAGCUAGGAUUUUAUUUUUACGUUUUUUGCUAAUCUACAUAAAAACGAAAGAGUUUCUACAAGUUCUGUCUUAAAUCACAAUCUCAAAACUUGGACAACCACAGAAAAUGCAGUUUGUUGUUCACUCUGUAUCUCAAAUAAUAUAAACUUGUUGGAAAUAUAUUAGUUACAAAUGCUGAACUUACGCAUGAUGUGAAGCGUGAUGAUGCUACAGUUGGCCUGGACCAUUUUACUGUAAAGUUAGCACAACUCUAAACUUAUCAUUUGUGUGAAAUGGAUUUAUUGUUAGUUCCAGCAAUGUUAAUGUGGCUUACACUUUCAGUGAUGGCACUGUCCACAGUGAUGCCUGAUAUACCUGUCAAUGAUUCCAAGAAUCAAUGUCCCUGUAGCCGGGUUUGCAAGCAGGCGACCUGGUCAACAAGACUGUUCGAUGCUGCUGCUUGCAGCCUGAUAUACGAGUCACAUGUUCGUUGAUCAGGAUCCUUUGAGUGUCAUUUUUUGCUGAGGCUUAUAUUGGCUCAAGCCUUAAGUGGUUGGGUAAACAAAUCCACAAGGGCUGUGACGAGGAUUCGAACCUACGUCCGAGAUGAUCCCAGACGCUGCCUUAAUAGACUGAGCUACGACAUAGUCAAAAGAGUUUGUAGAACUUUGGUUUCAACUCCUUUGACCGUGUCGUAGGUCGUAGAUUAAGGCAGCGUCUGGGAUCAUCUCGGACAUAGGGUCGAAUCCUCGUCACGGCCCUUGUGGAUUUGUUAAUUGAUGCAUCACGCUAUUGUGAUUUCUGUGUGUAAGGUUGGGUAAAUUAAUUAAUAUGAUAUGAUUAGAUAUAACUUGGGGCACUGGCAUGAGCUGAAGUGUAAGCUACUUUUGAAUAUGACCAAUAUUAUACUUGUCGGGCACCCGGGCCGUACAUUACUCGAUGAAGUGCAAGUCCCUUUUGAUCACACCGAGCCCCGAGUGGGUUAGAAACACUCGCACGAUACGCUGCACGCAACACAAGUACCAUUUAAGAGCAUUUCAUCUUCAAACAAUGGCCAUUUAUGAUUUUGUUAUCACCCUGUGUUUAUUUUUUCAUUUAAUUUUCUUGAGGAUUCAAGUUUUCAAAUCAUGUAUUACAGCAGAGUUGGAGAUGGUGGUGUACCAACCUAACUCAUGAGGUAAUGAUAAUGAAAGCUCGAGUGUCAAUUGAGUUAAGAGAUGGUUAGAUACCAUCCUGAUUCUGUCUACUGCAGUAGUCAGCUGUUAAAAUUUCCCGCCGGGUUGGGUGGUUCUGUAUAUGACAUUUUUAAUUUUACGACAAAAAAAAUUCUUUCAUUUAAAAAGCAUUUUUUGUUUUGAAAAUUUUACUGCUGCUUUCUCUUUGUUUUAAGACAAAGAUAAACACGUUGUUUUGUCCAUUUACAGAGCCAUUCCAAAAUCCAAACAUUUACCUUUUUUUUUUCUUUUUUUUUUUUAACAAAAAUAAAUAUGGCAAUAAA